AUGUCUACAACUGUCUUGGAACAAACAAUACAAAAAAUCCCAAGAACAAUCACCAAGUCUGUCCUUUCAAGAGAACAAAUGGAUGGUGAAGGUGCCCGUGUGUAUCGUUCGAUUGGCUCCUAUGCUUUGCGUAACUUGGAUCCAUUUUUAAUGCUGGAUGAAUUUGAUGUGCAUGCACCUGGUGGGUUCCCCGACCAUCCUCAUCGUGGUUUUGAAACAGUGACUUAUAUGUUGGAAGGCGAAUUCCUGCAUGAAGAUUUCAAGGGACACAAAGGCCGCAUUGGUCCAGGUGACUUACAAUGGAUGUCUGCUGCCAAGGGUAUUGUUCAUGCUGAAGUCCCUGCUACUAACAGUCGUGCUCAUGGUCUACAACUCUGGGUGAAUCUGAGUAGUAAAGACAAGAUGGCUGAACCCAACUAUCAAGAAUUUCCUAAAGAAAAAGUCAUGCAUGUGGAGCCUGAAGAAGGUGUGACGAUCAAGGUGAUUGCAGGUGAAUCGUACGGUACCAAAAGUCCUAUCAUGACACGCACACCCACGAUGUUUAUCGAUGUCAAGCUCAAAAAGGGCAAGAAGAUGGAACAAGUGAUUCCCAAACACUAUGCGGGCUUUAUCUAUACCAUUGCAGGCACGGCUGUGUUUGGUGGAUCAGAGCAUCGAUCCGAGGCUCAUCAUACGUUGGUCUUGAGUCAGAAUGAAGGUGAUUUCAUUCCUGUAGAAUCUCUUUCUGAUGAUUGUCAUUUUGUGGUAAUUGCUGGUCAACCUAUCAAUGAACCCAUUGUGCAACAUGGUCCAUUUGUCAUGAACACACAACAAGAGAUCUAUCAAGCAUUUGCAGAUUAUCAAUACGGUAGAAAUGGAUUUGAAGGCGCUCCUGGUUGGACUUCCUCUAUCCGAAGUCGCUGGGGUAGAAAAUAA